UUUGGUUCUCGCAUCGUAGCCACUCACAGCGAUCGAUGUCUAGGGAUUUUCUACUGGGUUCACCAAUCAAAGGAUCCUGAGAUGAAACGAUAUUAAUUGGCGGGUCAUUCAAUUGGGUGCUGCUCGAUAAAAAAGAAAUGGCACUUGAUGGCAUCUUCGAUCGACGCGUGAAAUCAAUUAAAGUCCCGCCUGAUCGACUUUAUAUCUGUUUAACCCUUUCGUGGGCUGCGGAGAGGCGCACUUUGUAUUCAAUUAACUGUUUCGUCGCGUCUCAUGAAGAUCUCUGGGAUUCAUCGUUCAUACCUACUAAAGGCAAGGCCAGUAUAUACGGAAUGUGUGUAGGACACACACGAGGGUGGCGAUACAUGCUGCGCAGAAUCGUAUCGGUUUAUGGUGUAACAUACGAUGCAGAUGAGCCGUAUUUAAUUGUGCAGCAGUGUGAAAAGGGACCUUGGGAAGAAUAUGCCGUCGAUAGCGGCAUGCACGCUGCUCUCGCCCUCGAUAAUCAUCGUCCUCCUCCUGAUACUCGAAUGUUACCCGGGGGCGGGUGGCUCCUCGAUAAGAUCGCUGGAUGUGCCGCUGGCUGUGCGCAACGGCACCGGCCCGGUGGACCUGGUCUGCGCCUACGAGAUUGACGAGGACGAGAACGGACUUGUAAUCAAAUGGUUUCACGAAGCGUAUCAGAUCUAUCAGUGGAUCCCGCCGAUACCGCCGCAAGAUAUUGGAAUCAUCAAAGGACUCGCGGAAUAUCCAGCUGAUAAUCUGAAGGACCCGUACUCGCGUUCGGUGAUACGAUUGAGGACCGUCACGAUAGAUAUGACUGGAGAGUAUACGUGCGCAAUCAGCACGUUCCAGGACGAAGCGAGUAACUCGACGAAGAUGAUCGUUUAUGUGCCAGAAAGCGAUAUGACGGUGCGCACUUACCCCUUCAACAAGACCCAUGUGAACUUAACAUGCGUGGUGACGGGCGCGCGACCGCAGCCGUCUCUGAAGCUCUAUAUCGAGGGUGUCGAAAGCAACAUUGAGAAUCACGGGAAUCACGGGAGCGAACGAGGAUCCUCGACGGACUGGUACAAGGGUAACCCGAGAACGUCGCUGGACAUCAUCGUCGAGGACACGCUGGAUCCCGCCGUCAUCGAAUGCGAAAUGUCGAUCCCGGAAACGGAGUACAAGCGCCGAGAAAGGAUCGUUUACUAUCCCACGCAAUUACUACCCUAUCGUACAAAUGUUUCACAAGGGAGGCACUAUGCGAUGUUACUUGUCGAUAUCCUUUAUAUCGCCAUUCUUAGAUUAAUAUUUACGUAGGAUUAAAGUAGACUUUAAUGGCAAAUUGUGCUCCGGGGAAAUAAACAGAUAUUUAAUGUACUUAAUUUUAAAACGUUUGAGAGCAUCAACUCUAGUUUUGAAAAAAAUAAAAGCAUUUUAUCUUAAA